CAAACGGCACGGUCGGAUGGAAAGCAUGCAACACGGCGGAGCCGCAAAAGAUGACUCGGGCCCGGCGCCGCCGAGUAUCGAGUCGAUGCUCUUCUCUGUAGAGGUUUCCCAAAGCGGCCCUGCUUCGUACAAAGCAGCCGCCGUUCCACCGGGGCACGGAUCGCAUCACAUUACGUUCGACAUCACAAUCUCGUUCGGUUUUCUCACGACGUGGACCGUGCAGCACCGGUACUCGAAAGUGCGGACGUUUGCCAAGGCAUUGCGGUCCAUUCUCCACGCCUCGUCGUCGUCGCGAUGCACCGAGAUCUCGGACAAAUUGGUUGCUAUCGUGAAUGCCGGGUUGCCUUCGUCGCAUCGGUUCCUGCAUCUGCUGCAAUCCCGACCGAGGUUCAUCGCGACCCGCGCCAUGGCCUUACAGUCGUACAUUGAGGGUCUUCUCAAUACCCACGCCCGAUGCAUCAUGCAGUGUGGUGCCAACGCUGGCUCGGAUUUUGCACGACCGAUGUGCUACCUUGUCCAGCAAAUUCAGACAUUCCUCGGCAUGGACAAAGAACCUUCCAUUCUGCAAAACAUUGGCGGGUACAUCCGUCCUGCAGCGCAUCAAGCUCCUCCUGGGAUCGACGUCGACUCCAUCACUCCAUCUAUCACGUCAGCCUCCAAAGCCACACAAGUGCCGUGACAAUCGUGUGCUAGACUAGGUUUGACCACAAAUACUACCUACCACACCAUGCCAUACUUCAUGG